AUGGGACGACACUCCAUAGCGGAAGAGAUAUUCGAAAAUGAAACGAAAAUCAACUUCGGCGUGCCGGACAGCGUCCGCAGCGUGGGCGAUGUGACGCCCAACCUAACACUGAGAAGCUCAGUGCAAUUUGAAAGCGACUCACUCGAAGAAGAGAAACGAAGACUCGGAAUACGAGGAUGGCUGGUCUUCGUCUGUAUCGUUAUCCUGGCAAUGAUGGAUUCGUUCAAUGCCACUAUCUUGAUCCCAGUCUUACCUGAUCUGUCAAAUACCUUCGAAACACCACUCGCAAGCACACUCUGGGCCAAUACAGUAUACCUUCUCUUCGGCGCUACAAGCCAACUAUACUUCACAAUGAUGAGCGAAGUCUUCAGCCACGGCCCCGUCUGGGUAAUUGCCGUCGUGUUCGCAACAAUCGGCACAGGAAUCUGCUCUGGCUCCAUGACACUUGCGGAACUGAUCAUCGGCCGCAUGAUACAGGGUAUUGGCGGCGGCGGUGCGAUGAGCCUCUGCUUCGUGAUAAUGACCGAGUCAGCGCCGGAAUGUAUCCAUUCUCGGUAUUCAUGCUAUAUUCUGCUGACGCGCAUGUGCGGGGCCAUUCUGGGUCCUGUUGCUGGUGGGUUGUUUGUUGAUUAUGCGGAUUGGAGAUGGGUAUUUUACUUCAAUUUUAUUUUCUGUGCGCUUGGCCUGCUGGCUAUUCCGUUCGCUGUUGAUUUGCGUGUUUCAAAGCAUAUACCGCUGCGUAAGAUGCGCAUUAUGGAUUGGUCUGGUGUGUCUCUGGCGUUUUUGGGGAUUGGGUCUGUUUUGGUCGGUGUUUCUUGGGGUGGGAGUACGUAUCGUUGGAGCGAGUGGCAGACUGUUGUUCCUGUUGCGGUAGGUAGCGCGGUGCUUAUUGCGCUCGUGUUGUAUGAGGCCAACUGGGCUCUGCAUCCGCAGUUUGGGAGGAGGGUGUUCCGGUCGAGGAUGAUGGUGAUGACGCAUGUAGGGUGCUUUUUGCAUGGCUUUGUGGUAUUUGCACACUUGCAGUUCUUGCCCCUGUACUUCAUUUCAGCUCAUUAUAUGUCCACCACCUUGUCGGGCAUUACCUUGCUAGCCAUGAUUGGCCUGGCGAUUGCGCCGGCUGCGGUGGUUGGCGUUGUUCUCGCCAGGGAGUUGCGGUGUACCCAGUGGGUCAUCUCCGGUGGCUGGACUUUGACUGCUCUUGCAAGUGGCUGCUCUAUCCUGUUGGACAGCUUCACGCCCACUGUUGCGUGGGUGUUCCUGUUAUUCACAGCAGGUCUUGGCCACGGCCUUCUGGUCUCAAGUUACAAUGUUCGCAUACAAAACCUACCCAAGGAAGAGGGCGGCUUCAUUUCCACCAUGCCAACGACAAUGUCAUACUACAUGAGAGCCUGGGGUAUGGCCGUUGCAGUCCCUGUUGGAGGGGUUGUGUUGUUGAACGUCUUCUGUCAUGGACUGGCAGCUGUUGGACUGAGCAGGGAGCUCGUCAAUUCGGCCAACGGGUAUCUCAUUCUGAUGAAGGAAGUGAGCAUGACGAGUGAACAGAGGGAGGCGGUGACGUUUGCUUCGGUCGCGGCGUUCCAAGUAGUUUGGGGAGGUCAUAACGGGGGUUUCUGUGCUUGGAGGGAUUUCUUCUGCUUUCCUGUGGCGAAAAGACGCCUGAGCAUAGUUUGA